GUUGCAUUGACGUGUAAAGACAUGACAAUAUAAUUAUGAAUUCAUAAUAUUUUAUAAUAUUUAUUUAAUUUAGUAUCGAUUUACUUUAAAAAAGACGAGUUUUAAUUGAAGUAUGAUCGGUGUGUAAGUAGUAUUGUCGAGUUUGUGUCGUAUACUUUCAAUGAUCGGAUUGCGUAUUAUGACAGAUUCAUAUAUUCACUAUUGAUGAACGAGAAAUUAAUUAUUGUUUGUAAGGGAACAAAAAAAUCAUUAAAAAUAUGAUGCAAGAGGAACCAACGAGAAAAAAUAUUUUAUCACAAGCGUGGACGGCGGCUUCUCAGAAUUAUCAAGCCCUUCUUGAUCGAUGGACACCUCAUACAAAAGGGCGAUGGGCUGGUGCUUUGAUUUUAAUAUUAGCCUUUAUAAUACGAAUUAUUACGCAACAAGGCUGGUACAUAAUCACUUAUGCAUUGGGAAUAUAUCAUCUAAAUUUGUUCAUAGCCUUUUUAAGCCCAAAAAUUGACCCAGCAUUUGAAGUAGAGGAUGAUAAUGGUCCUGAAUUGCCAACGAGAUCGAAUGAAGAGUUCCGACCAUUUAUUAGAAGAUUACCAGAAUUCAAAUUCUGGUAUUCUGUUACGAAAAGUACUGUGAUAGCUACAAUAUGUACAUUCUUUGACUGCUUCAAUGUGCCUGUGUUUUGGCCAAUUUUAGUUAUGUACUUUAUUACCUUAUUUUGUAUCACAAUGAAGAGACAAAUCAAACACAUGAUCAAAUAUCGUUAUCUACCUUUCACCCACAGCAAACCAAAAUAUCAAAGUAUAAAUAAUGCUAAAUAAUAAUUAACUUCAAAAAUAAUUGUUUUGUAAAUUAAAUUCCAUUGUCAUGCUAGUUAUUAAUAUAUUAGGUAAUUUUUGUAUUAGUAAACAACC